CUACCCUCUCUAUAAAUCCUAGUACUAAUCCUCCAAACACCACUUUAGCCCAUUUCACCACAAACCAAAAAAAACAAACAUCAUGGUAGGACAGUUGACAACAACAACAACAAAACCAAGUCGAAGCGACGACGUUUUAGACAUCCAAGAACAAAUUAGAAUCACUAAUCAAAUCAAAGCUCAAUUUGAUGCUAUAACACCAAAACGACCCAUCAAACCCAACAGAAGUGAACCUGAAACACAACAAAACGACGUCGUUGACUUCAAUUUCUCUUCACACAAUAACAUACCAGAGCUUCAAAAACUUGAAUCUCUUCAAUCAAAUUCUCAGAUUCUUCCUUCAGAGGAUGGAUUAGUUGAUGCACAACAUGAAUUUGUUGAAACUCAGUAUUAUAACAAGUUGUUGUCGAUUGAUAAACAACAUCAUACGACAGGAAGUGGGUUUAUAAAAGCGGUUAGAGAAGGAGGUGAAGAUGGAUAUGAAAUUCAGUUACCUGUAAGAGGUGUUGAUGUUGGUGAAAACCAAUUUAGAGACUAUAAAAGCAAUCCUGCCACAAAUGAUUGGGUUCCCAACCUUGAUCAUGAACAUCUGGACUUUGUAUCGUCGAAGCCGAAUAGGAGUGAGAGCACUUAAAUCUGUGAAGAGAGAAAAUGAAGAGGAUCGACACUCUAAUUUGGUGUUUGUUUGUGGAUGGUCAUGGUGUUUGGUGGUGGAACUACUAUGCAACACUCUAUGUUAUUGUAAUAAUAUGAAGGAGUUUCAUAAUGUUAGUAACAUUUUUCGUGA